CAAAACAGCAGACAGAUCUGAGGAAGGACACAAUCCAAAGGCAAGAAAGUUCAGCACAGCGUAGCGGUGGGUUGGGAAAGGCAAGAAAAUUGUAGAGAAAGAAAAGGAAGAAGUAGGCUGGGACAAAAGGAAAAAUGAGCAGAUGUAAAAACAGAAAAUCAAGUCUAUAUUUUCUGGUUGAUUUAGAAGUUGUACUUUGCCCUUUGGCACUGUGUAUUUGGUAAAUAUUUUGAGCAAGAAAUCCGCAUAUUUUUAUUUCUGAUAAGACCAGCAUGUUCCUAAUUGUUUAAUGUUGUGGCUAAAGUCUACGUUUCAAAUGCAAAAAGAGAAAAUGCAUGAAGCAAAAAUAAAGUAAGAUCACAGCAGGAAGGAUCUGACAUAACCUAGCUUCUUGUCUGAGCUCCCAAUGUCCCUCACUCCCCCUCACAGGCUGUGAGUCAGCAGGCAAGGAGGAUACUGAGAUUAGAAACAGCAAACUGUGGAACAAUGAUUACACAAAUGUUAUUUUGGUUGCACUUGAGAUGUUCCUGCAAUUAAAAUCUGCUAAAUUAGGAAAAAUGCAAUGAUCAAAGCAUCAGCUGAUAGCUGUGUAGUUUUGACUUGAUGACCCCAACUGGCAGAGUCAAAACAAGUUUCUAUGCCACCCAAAAACGUGAUUCAAAUCUGAGCCCCUUGUCACAAAUUAAGCACAAUCCAGAUCCAUCAUUUCACUUUUCCUGUGGCACUAGCACGGUGAACAAGGAGAGAAGUAGUAAAGCAAGGGCUAACUAGUGAUCUGCUAAUUGGAAGAUGAUGACUGGCAACGUGAAUCAGAUAAAACAGGCCCAUGGAGCCUGACUUUUCAGGCUAGAUCAUCAUUCAGCAUAGACCACCAUUAAGCUGGUGUUAUCACUGCAGGCAUGUGACAACACCAGUGUCACUCCAACGUGAAUCAUUGUGCCUUUAAAAGAUUUUUAUAACUCUUUGUAUAUGGAAGAGCACAAGCUCGAGUGAGAAACAAAAGCUUCUCCAUGACAGUUCUAUUCUUUGAUCCAACCAUCCUCAGCCUCCAUGGAUGCUGAGAAGAUAAUAUUGUUUUCUCAAAACCAUCAGUCCCUGCAGGAGAUGCUCUGCAGAACCAACCAGAGAGGAGACAUUUUCAGUAGAGGCCGUUUGAAUCCCUGCAUUAUGUGCGAGUGCAACAUGUGAUGGUUAUAUCAUCCUUUAUUCCAGAAACACAAGGACCCUUUUAUCUUCUGUUUACUUGGGUGGGAAUAAAUACAAAGAGUUAAUAUGUAACCAGCCUUCUAUGGAUGCCUUUAUUUUUAAGGGGGGAACCACUGGCCUGAGAGUCGCUGGGGAAGCUGGUGGGCUGGCAGCAAUGUACUCCCUGGCCCUGCUCCUGUGCGUGGCUGCUCUGACCAACUCUGCUCUCGCAGCAAAAGUCUGUCCCAAGCCACCAGAAGUGCUGUUUGCCACAAUCAAUGUGGUCAAAAAUGAGUAUAACGUGGGCGAGGAAAUCGAAUACACCUGCAGGCCAGGGUUUGUCCCCAACAACGGCCAGAGGAAAUACAUCUGCCAGCCCACUGGCAGGUGGCCUCUCAACACGCUCUUAUGCCUACCAAGGAGAUGUCCCACCCCUGGACCCUUGAUGCACGGAACAAUUGAUUCGAGAGAUUUCCACUACCAGAGUGCUUUAAGUUUUUCAUGCGACCCAGGUUACAAUCUUGUUGGGUCAAGGACGAGCCAAUGCAUGUCAGAUGGCAAGUGGAGUGGAAUCCUCCCACAGUGUCAACCUGUGACUUGUGCACCUCCCUCACUUCCCGAAUUUGGAGUCCUUUCUUACCGUCGCUUAAAGCCUGGAAACAUUUCUUACUUCAUGGACGCAAUUGUUUUUGAAUGUGUGCCACCUCUUGCACUUAUUGGAAAUGAGACAGCAACCUGCCAGGCCAACGGCACCUGGAGCAGCAUUCCGGAGUGCAGGGCUGUCACUUGUCCCGCUCCAACAGGAAUAGAAAAUGGAUUCUUAAAUUUUGCUGUUCGUAGAACAUAUCACUACAACGAAAGUGUCAGCUUCAGCUGCAAGUCCAGAUACGUGCUGGAGGGACCUAAGCAUUCCCGAUGUGAGAAGACAGGGAACUGGUCCACAAAGCCAGCCUGCAAAGAGCCAUGUAAAAUACCAGUAAAGAAAGCUGUAGUAUUGUACGAAGGGGAGAAGAAACGAGUUCAGAGUGAUCUUAAGGAAGGCAUCAUGCAUGGUGAAACUAUAUCCUUCUACUGCAAGAAUAAGGAGAAAUCCUGUGCAUACACCGUGCCUGUUCAGUGUGUGAAUGGCAAUCUCACCGUCCCUUUCUGUUUCAAAGAACGGGGCUUCUUUUCAAGUCUUGUUAAGACGGACCCAUCGGACAUGAAACCGUGCGAAGAUCUGAAAUGAGUCAAGGAAGUAACGCAGUACUGAAUGUCUUACUGAGACAGAUAACGUAGAUAUGCAGGACAACUUAAGAACACUGAGUGUAAAUUCCAGGCAAACUUGGGAUGCGCUGAGUACGCAGUCUCUGCGCUUUUCCCUGCUGCUGUUAUCCCAGCCUCCUUCACAAGUUGUGACAUGUUAUUUCAGCCAUUAACUUCCAUUCUCUUUCCUCUGCCUCCUUCAGUGUCCCCGCUACACUACAUCUCUUUCAAUAUUUCCAGCUUUUAUGUCAUUGUAAAUGAUCUUCUCAAUAGCACCCCCUUUAGAAUAAAGUAACUUCUGGCCAAUAGCGUGUUCUGAUUUAAUAUUACCUAGUCAUCAAUCAAAUCCUUUUGCUCUUAAAUGAUUCAUAGAAGGCCUUCCUUAUGAGUAAUGAGCUGGGUUCUGAUUCCAUUUCCUCUCUCCUGGAUAAGGAGUCAACCUUUAAUUAUAGAUGGACAGAGGGUCAUCAGUCUAGGAUUUUCCAGAAUUUAGGCAAGCAGAAAGACUGAGCUUUCCAAAUGUGUUUAGCGGCUGCAGCCAUCACUGAAAUACCAGGAGUGUCAGAUAAAGGACUAUUCUACACUUCAAAAAUAUUGCUAAAAUUAAUAAAAGCUAUUUACAUUUUUAUGAUUUUAACUUUACAUGAAACUGCUGUUUUAAACAGCAGUUAAUGUUUAAUGUUGUUUAAAUAUUAUGCAAUGUAGCUGGUCCUUUUUAAAAGAAAGAAAACUGUGCACCAUUGAGCAAUAAUAAUGAUUUCUGGUCAGUCAGCAGCUUUGAAGUGAACUGUAAUUUUCAUUUCAUUAUAGGAAUACCACUGCUGUGAUUGAGUCUAGCAAACACUGUGCUUAUGUCUGUAUUUCUACUCAGAAAAAAUACCUAAAAUUUCACCUUACUAGUAAGUGAUGGAGGAAUAUUUGUUGCACACUUACAAUAAAUCAUGAUGAAUCACAUGUGAUUCCCUCUGAAGUAUUAAAGGCUUCUCUACCUUAGAACUUUUUGAAAAAUCCAUUUAACAUUAAUAUCAACAACAAACUAGACUUGUAAGACACUAAAGCCACUCUUAAGAAAACUUUGAACAUACUCUCAUCAGCUUUUUUUUUUUUUUCUUUUAAGGCUGCAUAUAAUAGUAUUCCUGAAAUCAUUUGUUCUUAUUUUCCUAUUUUUAAGGAAAGUUCGAGAUAGUUAUUAUUAUUUAAUACUUGGUUCCUAUUGGCAGUUCAAUUCUCUCAGGCAGAAAUUGCCUCUUCAGUUGUUAAAUCUCUCUAUUUCGUUGGCACAAUGUGCACUGCAUUUGAUUCCUAAUAUGUUUAAAUGAGACCUCUGAAAGAUGUUUGACUUAAAAGCCAAAAUAUUCAUAACCACCUUAAAUACAUACAGCGAUCACCUGGCAGGAACCUAUCUGUUUGGAAAUCUAUGUUUUGUGGGAUCUGGACAUUCAGGACAUGAGCUGAGAUACCAAACACAGUUUAAUAUUAACUUGUCUUUCAGAGUUAAACACUGUGAAGCUGGAAUAAAUAAAGUUUUCCUUGAAAUGA